GGCGAGGAACACAUAACCAACCAUGAAGUGGUUAGUAGCACUUACUUUGCUAGCUGCUGCUGGCAUUAGCCAAGCAGAGCAAGAAGUUUCCCUUGCCAAUGCAUUGUCAAGGCCUGUGGGAGUAGUUUAUCUGCUGGACAUCGUUUCACCACCAAGGGAGAGGCCAGAAGCUUUCAACUAUGAAUCUUCUAACUUCAUCAGUGAUGGUCCAAGCUACGGAAAGAAGCAUUCGUACUUACUGGUUCGCCCUAUUCCUGCAGAGGUCCGAGAGGUUCCUGUUCUCCUUCAACAGGCGGAGGAUGACAAAGAUGCCCCUUCCAAAUACUUAGUUCGCCAAAGACGAGAAGCAUAUCCAGGUAAAAGUGGAGGUGGCGGAUUUGGAGGAGGCGGUGGUGGCGGUGGAGGCGGUGGAUUUGGAGGCGGUGGAAAUGGGGGCGGUGGACUUGGAGGCGGUGGACUUGGAGGAGGCGGUGGUAAAGGAGGAUUCGGUGGAGGCAGCUCUGGAGGAGGAGGAGGAGGUCAACAAGGAGGGGGAGGCGGCUUCGGCGGAAGUCAAGCUUCAGCAUCAGCGUCAGCUCAAGCAUCUGCUGGGUCGCAUGGUGGAGGAUAUGGCAAGUAACAAACCCGAAUAUAAUACAGGGGAAUAGACCUCAAGAUUGUCCCAUGGUAGUGAAACAGCACAACUCUCAAAAAAAAAAACUAUGUCAAUUUCGAUAUAUUUUUAAAUAAAAUGCAAAAAGUAUAAA